ACUGCCGCGCAAAUAAAUACCCCUUUUAUCCGGCGAAUGUUGUUUAUUCCCCUUCCUCUCCCCACCCUUGUGGUUCUUCGCUUGUGGAGGAGAGAGAGAUAGAUAGAGAGGAGAGAGCUCGCUCGAGAGGCGAGGAAGGUUAUGCCGCAAGGCCGAGAGAUUGUGCCCCAUUGUGUUCUAGAGUGCUUAGCUAUCUUUCUUAAGAUAUGGAGCGAGUGUGCCGUUGGUCAAAUUGCUACCAGCAUCAAGUCUUGUCAUUCCGGGAGAUUCUUGAUUGGCGGUUUCUCAUUCUUGGAGAAUUCCUACUUGUUUCCUUUGUCAAUUGUACUUAGUGGACAUCUGCUCUCACAUGACCAUUACGGAAGGCCUGAUGCGAAAUAAUCCUGAAACUGGUGUUGGAUCUAUAUUGCCCCUUUACAAUGUAUUACCAACACAAAUUUCACUUGAAGUCAGCUUAAGGUUGAAGGAGCUUGAUCUUGUGGAAACAUUUUGUGGGGGUUAAAGUCUGCAAAUUAAUGGAUGAAGGUUUUCUUUUACUUAGUUAGCAGUAGAUGUUCCUAUUGCUUACAUUCCUUGCAGACAUAGUGUCUUUUACCUCUUCUGUGGCUUUGUCCUAACGAUAUGGGGUUAGCGCAAAAAGUUAUCAGAGAACUUGCGGCUUUCAAGAAGUUUGGCGUAUGGUACAUGAAUUAAUGCUGUUAAAAUCCUUCACUUUGAUGGUCAUUUGUAGAGAUCUUUCCAGUGGCCACAAAAAUCUUCUCUUUGAACGGUUGCGAGAUUGGUGGCAACAUGCAUUGCAAUGUGACACGUACCGUACCAUCUAAAGAGGAUUGCAGUGUUGGAGCUCUGUUUCAAGAGUUAUUGGUGAAUAAGGCUUUGAAGCCCAUCCAUCAAUAUGGUCUGAAUUUGUGUUGGCGCAAGUUGUGAAUCUGAAGUAAUGGUGGAAUUGGCUGGAAAGCUGGUUUAUAUCCUAUAGUGUAUUCAGAAGUUCCUCUUUUGAAGCAUAAGUUCCGGUGAAACCUCUGAUAUUUCAUCCUUCUGCACAUAAUCUACUCAAAUAAGAAGAUCCACCGGUUUUGGAAACCUGUUUCAAUCAUUCGCAGAUCAGAAUGGACCGGUACAAGGUAAUUAAGGAAGUUGGGGAUGGUACCUUUGGAACUGUAUGGCGAGCUGUAAACAAGCUAACUGGUGAGGUGGUUGCAAUUAAGAAAAUGAAGAGAAAAUAUUAUUCUUGGGAGGAGUGCAUGAAUCUUAGAGAAGUAAAGUCCUUGAGAAAGAUGGCCCACCCCAAUAUAGUGAAGCUCAAGGAGGUCAUUAGAGAAAAUGAUGUCUUGUACUUCGUAUUUGAAUACAUGGAGUUCAACCUGUACCAACUUAUGAAAGAUAGAGGUAAACUGUUUUCAGAGGCUGAAGUCCGAAACUGGUGCUUUCAAGUAUUCCAAGCUCUCGCUUACAUGCACCGGCGCGGAUAUUUCCAUCGUGACCUGAAGCCGGAGAACCUGUUGGUUACAAAAGACAUAAUCAAAGUCGCUGAUUUUGGUCUUGCUCGUGAAGUUUGCUCUCGGCCGCCGUAUACUGAGUAUGUCUCCACUCGCUGGUACCGAGCACCUGAAGUUUUGCUUCAGUCACCUAUAUAUGACUCUGCAGUUGAUAUGUGGGCAAUGGGUGCAAUCAUGGCGGAGUUGUUCACCCUCCGUCCUCUCUUUCCUGGUUUGAGCGAAGCAGAUGAAAUUUACAAAAUAUGCAGUGUGAUAGGCAGUCCCAAUCAGGAUUCUUGGGCUGAAGGCCUGCAACUUGCAAAUGCAAUCAAGUAUCAAUUCCCAGAGUGUGCAAGUGUCCAGCUUUCUGUGCUCAUACCAUCUGCCGGUAAAGAGGCCAUCAACCUCGUCUCAUCACUUUGCUCAUGGGACCCCAGCAAGAGGCCAACGGCUGCAGAGGCCCUCCAACAUUCAUUCUUCCAGUCCUGCUAUUAUGUUCCACCAUCACUUCGCUCGAAAGCAGCAGCCCCUAGAACCCCUCCAUCUGCUGGACUGAGAGGAACCACAGACCAGAAGAAUGCUAGAAGAUAUCCUGGGGUUUUACCUAAUUUGAAGACUGCAAGCAACACUUCUGUGAAGAUGAAUGCUUCUUUGAGCGCAGGAGUUCAAAGAAAACUGGAAAUGGAUUAUCAGGCUGCCAGUAAAAAAGAGAAGUCACUGAAGAGCUCUGCGAAACAGCCGAGGCAGCAACCACCAGCAAGAAACAGCCCAGUGGCAUCUCUUUAUUUAGGAAAAACUUCGAGGGGAGUUGCAGACACAACUGAAAAGAUGGGGAAAAUGACCAUCAGCUCUGGUCGACAACCAGGGAGGCCACCACCAAUGAAGGCAGGAGGUUGGCACAGUCAGUCAGAUAUCCUCACUCGAUCUCAUGAGGUACCAUUGGUGAGAAGUUAUUCAAGGAAGGUUGUAGGCUGAAAAGUGUGUGAGGCUUUAUGGCCCUACUUGGUAAAUAGAACCCGCCAACAGCUUUGCGUGCAUGGAUUUUCUUUUCUUUACAUGUUCUGCUGAAAAGAACUUGAAUAAAAAAAAAAAACAAAAAAAAAACGUUGAUGCUAGGAUUGGACUUGAUCUCAUCUAAAGCACAGUGAUCUUACUCUGUUAGAAAGUCAAUUGUCAUUUCAUUGCUUUCUUUUUC